UGAUGAUGUGCUGCAAUUGUAAUACAGUAAAUUUUUUUGUGAAUGACAUGGUGGACCAGGUUCACCCAACACUAUCGCGGCUUCGCCCCUAACAACGGGCAACCCAAACCGUCGAAGCAAUGCAUGCAUACUAACCACCCUAGGAGAUAAAACCAUUCGCAAGUCGCAACCAGCACCUUAUUCAAAAUAUGGCGGGAAGAGCCAUUGGCGCCGGGAUUUUCCCGCGCGUUCUCCCCCUGUCAAAACGCCCCCUCCUCCUCCACCUCCGCCAAAACCCACCCACCACCCUUCUCUCUCCUCCCCGUCCCCUCCCCCUCGCCCUCUCCCACACCACCAUGUCCCAAAACGGCUUCUGCGACCCCGAAAAGCCGCUCCUGCGAGUCAAGAAGCUGUCCCAGAACGCCAUUUUGCCCUCCCGAGCCUCCGCCCUCUCCGCCGGCUACGAUCUCUCCAGUGCGGUGGAGGCGACCGUGCCCGCUCGCGGAAGAGCUCUGGUUGCUACGGAUCUCAGCAUUUCGAUCCCGGUCGAGACGUACGCUCGCAUCGCUCCGAGAUCCGGGUUGUCGUGGAAGCACGCGAUCGACGUCGGGGCGGGGGUGGUCGACGCGGACUACCGGGGCCCGGUCGGCGUCCUGCUGUUCAACCACUCGGAUUUGGAUUUUCAAGUGAAGGCCGGGGACCGGAUCGCUCAAUUGAUCAUCGAGCGCAUCAUGACGCCGGAGGUCGUGGAGGUGCUCGAUCUUGAUUCCACCGCGAGGGGCGAGGGAGGGUUCGGAUCGACUGGCGUUUGACCCGAAAUUUUUUCGGAGCUCGAAUUCGUGAUCUGGAGGUGAUACCAAUCUCUUACCUGUGCCUUUUGUUCUACUGUUUUGUCGAACUCGUAGUAGUGUCGAUGCCGCAUAUUUGUUUCAUCGAAACUGGAUAUUAGGUUUAAAUGAAUUUUGAGUUGAAAUAGAGUUUCAUAAAAAUUA